AUGGAAAGCUCGGAUCAAUUAGUCCCGCCACUUCGAUUCAAUAUUGUUCAACCAGAGCUUUAUCGGGGCGGAUAUCCUAGAAAGGUUAACUUUCCGUUCCUUGAAAGUCUCAACAUCAAGACAAUAAUCUCUCUUACUCCUCACCCGAUUACCUAUGAAACAGACCCGCAACUAUACACAUUUGCAAAGAAGAAUGAUAUUGAAUUAAUUCAUAUCGAAUGUGCUCAAUCAGGGAAGGGUAAGAAGAGAGGUGUACCUAUGGGUUAUAGCACUGUUCUUGAAGCAUUAAGAUACAUGAUUCAUAAAGAAUUUUCUCCCAUCUAUUUACAUUGCUUGAAUGGUGGACAAGUUACCAGCCUUGUCAUUGCAUGUCUACGAAAGUUACAGUUUUGGUCUUCUAUUGCGAUCUUCAAUGAAUUCAUUAAUUUCACGACUAAUAUUACCGUGAAUGAUAGGAGCUUUGUUGACGGCUUCAAAGGAGAGAUUAACAUCAAUACAGACACGAAAGUGAACUGGUUAUGGGUGGGCCUAAGCAAAGGUGUUGUAGGCAACCAUCCUAAGAUACGAGUUACUGAAUCUUCAGAAACACAGUGA